GCCGUCACAUAUUUUCCAACAUAUCGUUCGUUUCUCCUUGGCUUAUCCCCAUUUCUCUCGGGGUCCAGCACAGCCUUGCGCACAGACCUUUACCAAAGCAAAGCCGCUUCAAUUCCAAAGACGUCCGUGCAUAGUACGUACAAACGGAAAAUCUGCCUCCCUCAGGCGUCGGGCAUGGCAGCGGAAGAGGGCCCGCCAUGCACAACGCCAAGUAAGAUUGAGGCUGCCACGGCGCUCACGUUCGACGACGAAACGGCAUGUUUGCUAGAACAACUCCAUCGUGCAUGGGCCACCCGCGCUCCCGCUUCCACCUAUGUCGCCAUCCGCGAUGCGAUUCUCUGCCAGCAGGAGCAUGUCGACACGCGCAUCCUCACCCUCACCACUGUUGCCCGCCUAGCCUGUCCGCGCGCCUUACAUGGUGAAGUUGAUACUGACCCGCAAUGGCAUGAGCUGCUGGCUCUGGCGGACCGCGCGAACACGAGAUCGCGCAGGGAUUGGGACGACAGGGACGACAGCCAAACUAAAACUAGCAAAGGCAACAGCCGGAGCCGCGUGUACAAUGAGUCAAACCGUCUGCGCAACCUUGCCAUCGUCGCUGCUCUGUGGUCUCCCAGCCUUGUCGACUACUACGGCUGGAACACAUCGACGCAGGUCCAGAUGAACAUGCUCCGGGCCUGUGCAACCCGCUAUCCCUGCUUCGACCAAGACUUCCGCCCGCGGUUGAACAGAGUUCUGAUUGCUCGACACUGUCUCAGCCUGAAGAAUUCUCGAUGCAAGAGCCUAAGUGAGGCUCCGCUACAGCCUCAUCGCGACCUUGACCUCGUCGCACUGGCCGCUGCCGUUCCUGAUGAAGCUCUUGAGGCUCAGUGGGUCUCCAACCAAGACGGCCGCAUCCCAGUGGACGUUGACGGCACUCUUUUACGUGACUUGAGACCGGCUCACUUUCAUAUGCACCUCUUGUGUCGCGAUCGCUAUAACCUACUUGUCAGCAGGAGCGAUGUCGAUGCCUCAUCACCCCAGAUCAGCUCUGCUGACGAAUCAUUCCUGGACUCGGUCGCCCCGAGCAUAGCGGAUAUACAGGACGUGCAGUACAGCUCGCCGUACAACAUGGCAGGAUCUUCGUCUAAGUCGUCUCUCCCGUCUACCACUGCAAUUUCUACUCCCCCACAAGCGACGGGCUCAGACAUGCAGUUCGACACACCGUUGACCGAUCAACUCUAUGACCAAACUCUUGCCUACGAGAAUUUCGAUUUGGGUGCUGCCUUCGAUUUCGACGCCAACGUUAUUGUUACUGAUCCUGGCACACAAACAUCUUCUUGGGAACGGACAGACUCGCAGUCAGCACUCCUGCCUUCCUCCCUGGUUUCGAGACGUCUUCCUGGGCACAAAUGGACUGGGAGGGCUUCAUGGAGCAUGAUUUGCUACCACUGUCUCAUGCAAUCGUUCGAUCCCCGUAUGAAAGCGUCUCUCAAUUCUCUCAGGAGGUGAGAAGCGUACUUUCCAACCGACAUCUGGACAUCUCCUCGCCUCCCUGUCUAGCGGAAAUUACGACGACGUAUGAAGAAGUUCUUCAUGCCAGCCCGGGGCCAUGGAACAGCACCUCUCACGCGCACAAUGGCUCUCCCCUGAAACUGAAUGGGCAUCCGUGUGGACUCAUCCCGAC